AUGGAGCCAUAUCACUCAGCAGAUAACAUCCCCUUCGAGGAACAUUUCGAAAUCCAUAUACCAAAUGAUCAGGCUGAACAAGUACACGUCAAAAGUGGUCUGCUUCACAAUGACUCCGGAGAUGAUAUUCCACCCAAAGUACACAUGUGUUUUGAUAGCUUAGAUGAUGUAAAACAAUUUUAUAAAAAUUACGGUAUUAGAAGCGGCUUUGGUAUUCGCACCAGGACUUCAGCAAGGGGCGAAGACAAUGAAAUCAACUACAUCAAGUUGGUGUGUUCACGAGAGGGAAAUUAUGUGUCCGCUAUUCCCCCGGAAUUGAAGACCGUCCCAACUAAAGCAAAACAGUGUAAAGCUUCAAUCACUGCAGCAAAGAAAGACGGACAAUGGUUCAUUAGGAGCGUUGUAACUGGUCACAGUCAUGACAUUAGUCCGAAGAAGUCAAGGCUAAUACGGGGCAACCGUAAAGUUGACAUGCAUUCAAGGCAAACUGUUGAGACUAACGAUGACGCUGGUGUCCGAAUUAACAAAAGUUUCCGCUCUCUUGUCUCUGAAGCAGGUGGAUAUGAAAACGUUAACUUCAUUGAACGUGAUGUUCGCAACUACAUUGGUCAACAAAGGCGAUCAUUGUGUAAGGAUGGGGAUGGGCAGACCCUUUUACGACAUUUUUCAAAAAUGCGGGAAUUAAACAACGACUUCUUCUUUGAAAUUGACAUGGACGAAGACAACCGUAUAUGUAAUGUUUUUUGGGCCGAUGCGCGCAGUAGAGCGGCAUCUGAGGAUUUUGGUGAUGUUGUGUCUUUUGACACCACAUAUCUGACCAACAAAUAUGACAUGCCUUUCGCUCCUUUUGUAGGUGUUAAUCACCAUGGACACUCCAUUUUAUUAGGUUGUGGUCUAGUAUCAGCUGAAGACACAAGGUCGUUCGUGUGGAUUUUUGAAUGCUGGCUUCGAUGCAUGUAUAACAAACCACCCGAAGGAAUUGUUACCGACCAAUGUAAGGCAAUGCUUAAUGCAAUUGGAGAAGUUUUCCCUACUACCAAACAUCGAUGGUGUCUAUGGCACAUAAUGAAAAAAGUGCCGGAAAAAUUGCAAGGUUACACUAAAUACAAAUCUAUCAAGGCUGAAUUGAAAAGACUAGUGUAUGAUUCAAUCACGGUGGGUGAGUUUGAGUUGGGAUGGGACGCAUUUAUUGGACAAUAUGAUUUGUCCACAAACGACUGGCUCACUACAUUGUUUGACGAGAGACAUCGUUGGGUUCCUUGCUAUCUUAAAAGUCAGUUUUGGGCUGGAAUGUCAACCACCCAAAGGAGUGAAGGCCUCAACGCUUUUUUUGAUGGGUUCAUUAAUUCGGGAACUACUUUGCAACAAUUUGUUGUGCAAUAUGACAACGCACUACGACAAAAGGCAGAAAAAGAAUUUGAAGCUGACUUUGCUUCAUCCAAUACCACUAUUGCAUGUGGAUCACAAUCUCUUAUUGAGAGGCAAUUUCAACUACAGUACACGCAUGCCAAAUUUGCGGAGCUCCAGAACGAAUUUAGGGGAAAGAUUAAUUGUUUCGUCAAAAGGGUGUUCGAAGAACGGGAAAAAAAUUUGUUCAACCCUUAUACCUAUUUCAUUGGAUAA